AUGGCCACAUCGUGGGUACCGCUCGAAGCAAAUCCCGGCCUGUUCAGCGAAUGGAGCAACGAGCUGGGCUUGGAUACUUCCAAGUAUGCUUUCCAUGACAUUUUUGGGCUCGACCCAGAAUUGCUGGCAAUGGUCCCACAGCCUACCAACGCCGUCCUAUUUCUGUUCCCACUUUCGCCGGCGAUCGAAGCGCGGCGCAAAACAGAAGAUGCCGUGCCGCACACGUCCCAAGAUGAUGUCCUGUGGUUUCCGCAGACUAUCGGGAAUGCAUGCGGCACAAUCGGUCUUUUGCAUGCGAUCGCGAAUUCAAACGCUGCGAGCGCUGUUGCAUCCAACUCGGCGCUUGCGCAGCUACUUGGCGACGCGAAGAAGCUCGCACCGGCAGAGCGUACUACACUGCUGGCACAGAGCAAGGCACUGCAGAGUGUCCACGCAGCGACUGCGCAGCAAGGCCAGACACAUGCACCCGAGCCUGUCGACGAUGUCGAUCUGCACUUUGUCGCGUUUGUGCGCGGCGCGGAUGGCCAGCUUCUCGAACUCGAUGGACGUCGUACGGGGCCUGUCGUGCGCGAUGUGCGCGUGCCAGCUCAAGAAGACUUGCUUGCCAAGACGGCCGAGUUUGUCCAGAGCUACUAUAUGCGCGCCGAUCCGGAGCAGGUGCAGUACAACUUGAUAGCGCUUGCGCCGAACGAUUUAUAG